AUGCGAGCCUCUCUAUUCCUUCUUGGUGUGACGGCUGUUCUGGCUAGUCCGACCCCUCCUAGCUAUGUUGUUCAUGAACGGCGAGACGCAUUGCCUAGUGGCUGGAUAGAGGAAAGGCGGCUUCAUGAAGAUGCCCUCUUGCCCAUGCGGAUUGGUCUGACCCAGUCCAACUUGGACCGUGGUCAUGACCUGCUAAUGGAGGUGUCUCAUCCACACUCUUCCCGCUACGGACAGCACCUCUCCACGGAGGAAGUGCACGAUCUGUUUGCCCCGUCCAUGGAAACCGUCGAGACAGUUAGAUCCUGGCUCGAGUCUGCUGGCAUUGCUCCCAGCCGCAUAUCGCAGUCCUACAACAAGCAAUGGCUGCGGUUUGACGCCAGUGCUGCGGAGGUCGAGCAGCUCCUGCAGACAGAAUACUACAUUUAUGAGCACGCCGACACAGGACGCUCCCAUGUCACCUGCCAUGAAUACUAUGUUCCUGAAUCCAUCCAAGAGCACAUUGACUACAUCACACCGGGUGUGAAGAUGCUGGAACUACGCGGCACGCGCUCUAAGAAGAGAAGUGCUGCAAAACGCUCCUUUGGAAACCUGCCUCCACUGCUUGGAGCGCUGCCGAUUGCCAUUUCCAAGCUUUUCGACAACCCUCUAGCAUACUGUGAUAUCGCUGUGACGCCGGAGUGCAUACGAGCCAUGUACAACAUCACCAAAGGAACCACCGCCACCGAGGGCAACGAACUUGGCAUCUACGAAGAUUUAGGGGAUGUAUACAGCCAGGAGGAUCUCGACUUGUUCUUCUCCAGUCUCGCCAGUGACAUCCCUCAAGGCACUCACCCUAUCCUCGAGGCCAUUGACGGUGCUGUAGCCCCUACCGACGUCAUCAACGCCGGCACUGAAUCCGACCUGGACUUUCAGAUCUCCUAUCCAAUCAUCUGGCCGCAGAACAGUGUCCUCUUCCAAACCGACGACCCCGUGUAUGAAAACGACUACACCUACUUGGGCUUCCUGAACAACUUCCUCUACGCCAUCGACGGCUCAUACUGCGACGAGUCUUCCUCUUUGGACCCUCCCUACCCAGACCCAGCCCCAGGCGGCUACAAAGGCCAAAAGCAAUGCGGCGUCUACAAGCCGACAAACGUAAUCUCCAUCUCCUACGGCGCUGCCGAAGCCGACCUUCCGAUCGCCUACCAGCGCCGCCAAUGCCAGGAAUUCAUGAAGCUCGGUCUGCAGGGUGUCUCCGUGAUCAUCGCGUCCGGCGACUCGGGUGUCUCCGCGAGUGACAAUACCUGCCUCGGUGACGACGGGCAGGUCUUCGUCCCGGAUUUUCCAGCCACGUGUCCCUACAUAACCGCAGUCGGAGGCACCUACCUACCCCUGGGGGCCUCUGCCAGUCAAGAUCAAGAGAUUGCCGUCACGCGGUUCCCGUCCGGCGGCGGCUUCAGCAACAUCUACGCCCGGCCUUCGUACCAGAACCAAUCGGUCGAAGCGUACUUCUCCCGCGCCGACCUCGACUACCCAUACUACGAGAGCGUCAACAACAACAGCUUCAACGACAACGGGGGAAUCUACAACCGCAUCGGUCGGGGAUAUCCGGAUAUCUCCGCGAUCGCAGACAACGUGGUCAUCUACAACAAGGGCGAGUCCACCCUGAUCGGGGGAACGAGUGCUGCUGCGCCGGCAUUUGGAGCCAUGUUGACCCGCAUUAACGAGGAGCGGUUGGCGGCGAACAAGUCACCGGUCGGGUAUGUCAACCCUGUCUUAUAUGCGCAUCCCGAAGCGUUCCAUGAUAUUACCGUCGGAUCGAACCCGGGAUGUGGCACGGAUGGAUUUCCGGCGGAGAAGGGAUGGGAUCCGGUGACGGGGUUGGGAACGCCGAGGUAUUGGGAUUUGUUGCAGGUGUUUAUGGCGUUGGACUAG